CAUGUUGGACAGAGAGUCAUGAAAGCCAAUCCCAAGAAGCUAGGUGGUCGAAAAGGGGAUCGCAUGACUCCAGACUGGCUCUCUGGUUAUGUGAUAGUUGAACUGUCCGGACAGAAGGUGGUGCUCCGCAACGAGUCGACAGGCCAUGUGCUGAAGGGCACGAGUAUUGUCCAUAUUAAGCCAUUCCUCAUGAGGGAGACUGCAGCUCAGCCAUCGGCACAGCCAGGGACUCAGCCAGUGGAAAACGUACAGCCCUGUCCAGUGGCCGAGUCGCCCAUGGACAUGAGCGACUCGAGGCAACCUGCCGAGACUCCCGAUCUAGUACUACUGGGAAACGUACAGCCCUGUCCAGAUGGAAGUCUUCCUGAAUUACAGGAAAACCUGAAAGGACGGUCGUUGGCAACUCAAAGUAGUGACCACCGAUGGUCUAUCUGCGGGGAAACACUAUAGAGCUGAGGGACUUCCAAUCUCUCCAGGCUCCAGCAUGGAUAAAUGAUAAGGUUCCAAUGGAGAAGUAUGACUUUAUCCUUCUACCAAUAAAUGUUCGUAGCAGCCAUUGGCUGUUGCUGGCUGCUAAUGUCAUGGAUGGCACAGUCUCCAUUCUGGACUCAUUGCCUAAUGAAAGGACUGCAUGCCUUUGGUUUAAGCGAUUCACGCAGUACAUGGAAAGCAGGGCUCAGUUCACUGGUGACCUUUCUCAUGUGCAGUGGACACGUGGCAAUCUGAAGUCAGCAAGACAGAGAGAUGGACACUCAUGUGGUGCUUUUGUC